CUGAGUUUCGAUUGUAUGGAGGGUACCGUGCGAGACGACAGCGUACGCGGGGAGCGCGUGGGUCGCAACUGGUUCGCUCGCUGGCUGCGAUUAAUCCAUACAAGAGAGAGGAGGCUGUUGUAUUUACCGGGACCAGAGAGCGGUCGGGCGCUGCGCUGGAAACACGACUGGACGCCAGUGCUGGCAACCGUAGCGUUUUACCCGCCGUGUUGA